CAGCGGAGCCGGAGCCGGGACACGGCUGUGGCCGCUGUCCCUGCCCCCGCCACGGAUCGUCUGGUGGCCAGGCUGUGCCGCUCCAGACUGCAGGGUGGUCCGGAGGCGGGUGGGCGCGGGUCUCCCCCGGUGUGUCCGGGUGGCAGCCUCCCCGGGCCCCCCGGGUGCCGCCAGGGAUCAUGUCUACAGCCUCUGCUGCCUCCUCCUCCUCCUCGUCUUCUGCUGGUGAGAUGAUCGAAGCCCCUUCCCAGGUCCUCAACUUUGAAGAGAUCGACUACAAGGAGAUCGAGGUGGAAGAGGUUGUUGGAAGAGGAGCCUUUGGAGUAGUCUGCAAAGCUAAAUGGAGAGCAAAAGAUGUUGCUAUUAAACAAAUUGAAAGUGAGUCUGAAAGGAAAGCUUUCAUUGUUGAGCUUCGUCAGUUAUCCCGUGUGAACCAUCCUAAUAUUGUAAAACUAUAUGGAGCCUGCUUGAAUCCAGUGUGUCUUGUGAUGGAAUAUGCUGAAGGAGGCUCCUUAUAUAAUGUGCUGCAUGGUGCUGAACCAUUGCCAUAUUAUACUGCUGCUCACGCAAUGAGUUGGUGUUUACAGUGUUCCCAAGGAGUGGCUUAUCUUCACAGCAUGCAACCCAAAGCUCUAAUUCACAGGGACCUGAAACCACCCAACUUGUUGCUGGUCGCAGGGGGGACAGUUCUAAAAAUCUGUGAUUUUGGUACAGCCUGUGACAUUCAGACUCAUAUGACCAAUAACAAGGGAAGUGCUGCAUGGAUGGCGCCUGAAGUGUUUGAAGGUAGCAAUUACAGUGAAAAAUGUGAUGUCUUCAGCUGGGGUAUUAUCCUUUGGGAAGUAAUAACACGUCGGAAACCUUUUGAUGAAAUUGGUGGCCCGGCUUUCCGUAUCAUGUGGGCUGUUCACAACGGUACUAGACCACCACUGAUCAAAAAUUUACCUAAGCCCAUUGAAAGCCUGAUGACUCGUUGUUGGUCUAAAGAUCCUUCUCAGCGCCCUUCUAUGGAGGAGAUUGUGAAAAUAAUGACUCACUUGAUGCGGUACUUUCCAGGAGCAGAUGAGCCUUUACAGUACCCUUAUCAGUAUUCAGAUGAAGGUCAGAGCAACUCUGCCACCAGUACAGGCUCAUUCAUGGACAUCACUUCUACAAAUACCAGUAAUAAAAGUGACACUAAUAUGGAACAAGUUCCUGCCACAAAUGAUACUAUUAAACGCUUAGAAUCAAAAUUAUUGAAAAAUCAGGCAAAACAACAGAGUGAGUCUGGACGUUUAAACGUGGGAGCUUCCCAUGGGAGCAGUGUGGAGAGCUUGCCCCCAACCUCUGAGGGCAAGAGGAUGAGUGCUGACAUGUCUGAAAUAGAAGCACGGAUAGCUGCAACCACAGGCAAUGGACAGCCUAGACGUAGAUCCAUCCAAGAUUUGACUGUCACUGGAACAGAACCUGGUCAGGUGAGCAGUAGGUCAUCCAGCCCUAGUAUCAGAAUGAUCACUACCUCAGGACCAACCUCCGAAAAGUCAGCUCGAAGUCAUCCUUGGACCCCUGAUGAUUCCACAGAUACUAAUGGAUCAGAUAACUCCAUACCAAUGGCUUAUCUUACACUGGAUCACCAACUACAGCCUCUAGCACCAUGCCCAAACUCCAAAGAAUCUAUGGCAGUGUUUGAACAGCAUUGUAAAAUGGCACAAGAAUAUAUGAAAGUUCAAACAGAGAUUGCUUUGUUAUUACAAAGAAAGCAAGAACUAGUUGCAGAACUGGACCAGGAUGAAAAGGACCAGCAAAAUACAUCUCGUCUGGUACAGGAACAUAAAAAGCUUUUAGAUGAAAAUAAAAGCCUCUCUACUUACUACCAGCAAUGCAAAAAACAGCUAGACGUCAUCAGAAGUCAGCAGCAAAAACGACAAGGCACAUCAUGAUUCUCUGGGACCCUUUAAAUUUUAAAUAUGCAAAGACUUGUUUUGUUUUUUAAGGAAAGAAAAGCCCUUAUAAUGACAGUUUAUGAGUGUUAAGCUUUUUUGAUGUGUUCUGAAUGCCAACUGCCUCUAUUGGCUGCAUUUGUUUCGUCAUUUAUUUUCCUGUGCUCAUGGUGGACUUGCAACUCAACUGUCUCAUUGCAUAACAUGGAGGCAUUGGUGACUUGAAUAAGCAGCAAUUCUUCACAUCCAAACACAUGCAGGGAACUGUGGCUGUAUAUGCAUGCUCAUGGUGUGAAGGCGAGGCUAACAACAACAGGGCUAUCAAACUGGCUGCUGUAUGCAAACAUUGUCUUUCUUCCUUUCCUUCUUUCCAUAUUAGAGGUAGACCCUCAAUAAUGAUUUUGUUCACGUAUGUCAUCUCAAAACAUUACUAAUGUUUUUUGUUUUUGUUUUUGUUUUUUUUCCAAAAUAUGGUAUAUAUAUAUCAAGCUAAAGACAGGGUAUUGUAAUUGUAGAAUAAUUGGUGGUACAUCACAGAAAUAUUAAACCUAUAGGAAUAGUUCAAACCGAGGGUCUUGAUACCAGCAUCCUUGGAUCAGUACUGAACUUAGUUUCAUCCAUAAAAUAUUUAAAGGUAAGUGAUGGCUGCUGUGUUUAAUGAAAGCGAAUUUUACACGGUUCCAUUCAACUACAAUUGGACUAUGGUACAUUGAAUAAAAUGGAAGCCCCUUUUUAAAGGGGUAAAGAUUUUUAAUUCUCAGACUGUGUGGAUGUGUAUUGAAUUGUAAAGCUU